GGACAGAGGUCAGCUCUGCCCAGCAGCUGGGAUGCUAGGGCUCGCCAGGUCGCUGAUUCUGUUUCUCUCUGUCACCCAGUUCACCCUAGGCAUGCUGGGCAAUGGCUUCAUUGGGAUGGUCAAUGGCAGCAGCUGGUUCAAGAGCAAGAGAAUCUCUUUGUCUGACUUCAUCCUGACCACCCUGGCUCUCUGCAGGAUUGUUGUGCUGGGGAUCCUCUUUGCUGACUCUACGAUAAUGGUGUUCUCUCCCAGACUCCACGAGAUGGGGGAAGCCAUGCAAGUGAUCGAUCUCUUCUGGACGUUUACAAACCACCUGAGCACUUGGCUGGCCACCUGCCUCAGUGUCCUCUACUGCCUGAAAAUCGCCAGUUUCUCGCACCCCACGUUCCUCUGGCUCAAGUGGAGAGCUUCCAGGGUGGUCGGAUGGAUGCUGUGGGGGGCGCUGUUCUCUUCGUGCGGCAGCCUCGUGACUCUGGUUCAGGAGUUCAAGCUGCAUUCUGUUCUCCGUGGAGCCGAUGGCACGGGGAAUGUGAGCGAGCACUUUAGAAAGCAAAAGAAUCAAUUCCAGCUGACCCACGUCCUCGGGAUGCUGCGGAACCUCCCCCUCCUGGUCCUGUGCCUGGCCGCCUCCCUCCUGCUCAUCCUCUCCCUGGGGAGGCACACGCGGCAGAUGCAGCAGAGCGCGGUGGGCCCCAGCGACCCGAGCACCGACGCCCACAAGAGGGCCAUCAGAAUGAUCCUCUCCUUUGUGUUUCUCUUCCUGCUCUACUUCGUUGCCGUUUCAAUCACGUCCUCCAGCUACUUCCUACCGGGGGAAAGAGAGAUGACUAAAAUGAUCGGAGAGGUCAUUACCAUGUUUUACCCUGUCUGCCACUCAUUUGUUCUCAUUCUGGGGAACAACAGGCUGAGGCAGACGUUUGUGGAGCUGCUCUGGUGUGAGUCUGGCCAUCUGAAGCCUGUGCCCAAGGGACCCCUUUCCCCAUAGAAUGGCCCAGGGGACAGGAGGGAGCCUGGGAACCCCUCAGCCCGGCUCAAGACUACAGGGCUCUCUUUCUGACCCACCAGUUCUAAAAUAUCAGUAGGUGAGAGACCGCUGACCUUCCCACCGGGGACACUUCUCACGGCUCUCUUUGCGUGAUUGUGUUGGAGACUGUAAAACAGUCUUUGGAAAAUGUCAAUAUAUCAAGAGCACUCUCACUAUGUAGACAUGGAGUUCUAUUUUAAUAACUACCAGCGCAACGUAAUGAGCUGAUUACUAGCUUUAUCUUAAAGUGUAUACUGACGUUGAUAAAGCUGUUGUAAGUAAAACAGUGUCAUGGACUUGAGGAAAAGAGCAAAAGCAUUGCCAGUCCCGCAGAUUUGGGUUUUAACUCUGGUUCCAUGUGUCCUCCAAGACUUCUGGCCUUCGGCGAGUUACUUUAAUCGCCUGUCUGGUCCUCUCGUCCCCCAUUUUAAAAUGUGGAUUGUGACAUCACCUCACAGGGUCUUAGAGAUUCAUGAGACCAGAUGCGCCAGCAUUUUAGCAGAGCGUAUUGUAUAAAGCGCUCAAUAGGGGAAGCCCUUAUUGUGAGUAACAGUGAACUGUGCAGCGGUUCCCACAAGGUACCAGUUUCCACAGCUCCACUGCAUGGUGAUGAGUGGCGCGGAAUGACCCUUGGGCACUAGGGUCAUCUUCCUUCUAGUGCAGUCGUCCUCGCACUCCUUUGCCAUUUGGCUAAAGUCAAUUUCCAAGUAAUUUUUUUAUUUUUUAGAUUGGGCAAAAAAGACCAGGCAUUUUUU